AAAAAAUAAAAAAUAAAAAAACUCAAAAAGUAUAUAUGUAUCACAACAGGAAAAAAAUGAUAAAUCCGAACAAUACCGUAAUUUGAGGUUAAUUCCAGAUAGAUUAUCCAAUACCUUUUCCUCUCGCGCCUUAAAUUCUUUCUAUUUUUAUUUCUGAUUUGGAUAAUUGAAUACAGAUAAUCUAUAGAUCUGGAAUUUCUAUUUUUUUUUGCCGGAGAUUCUAAUUCUUUUUAGCGAUUUUUUGAUUUUAGGGUUUAUUUCUUUGAAACAUUCUUUUUGGUGUAAAUUAUUUGUAUUAUUUUUUGGAAAAUCAAAUUAGAGGAAGAAGUGAGCGAGACUGAAAUCUUGGCAAUUAGGUUAAUAAAAAUAUGGCUUCACAAUUUGAUCGGUGGGAAAAAGAUCCAUUCUUCUCUGCCGCCGAGGAGGUUCAGGAAUCUGCCGACAGGAUGGAGUCAACUUAUAGGACAUGGAUUCAUUCUAUGAAGGAUUCCGGCAGUCUUUGGAACUCCGAUGAGCUUCGUAGAGACCUUCGUACUGCCCUUGGCACGACUAAAUGGCAGUUGGAGGAAUUUGAACGAGCAGUUAGUUCAAGCUACACGAAUAAUGCAGCUGAUGAUGCCAAGGAUAGACAUAGGGAGUUCGCUAUUGCAAUCGGGAGCCAGAUUUCAAAGGUUGAAGCCUCGUUAAAUGAAUCAGCUGUUUCUCGGGGAAAACCACCAAAUCCAUGGGUACAUCUGGAUGAGGGAGAAAGUGACGAGCUGGCUUUGUUUCUCUCAGGACCGUCAGCGUCCUUUUCUGGGGAUAAAAACUUUGGAAGACUCCAUGGUAGAGAGCAGCAAAUAGCAAAUUUGCAGGAGGGUGAUAAGCAAUCAGAACUGAAGCAUCCUACAAAUUCUUCUCAUUCUUUGGAGUUGGGGCAACUGGAGAGUAAGGAGGUGAAGUUGCCUGGGCACCGCAGAACUGCUAGUGCUAAUGCUGACAUGGGUUACUGGAAGGUUUCAGUUGCCGAGGAUGCAUUGCCUCAGAGUUCACCAGAUGUUCAAUCAGAUCUACCACCGCCAAAGAUUCCGAGCUUUUCUGGUUUUCUGAAUACGAUAGAAUCUGCAGCUAAGUUGAAGUGGUCAAAGAAUGGUUAUAGGAAAUUGAAGCUUUCAGAUCACCAUCCAGAAGCUGAUACUCCAUUACCUCGAACUCAGCCCUUGACUCGAGGCAUUAACUUGUGUUACGAGAAGAGUAAGAGUUGCCUUGAGGGUUGUGAUGAAUGUUAUGAUAAGCAACUUUAUGGUUGGUAUGGCGCCAUCCAAAGACAGCUCCAAAGAUCUCAGUAUCACAUGCAGUAUAGUAGACCCAUGCAAGUCGUCUUUUCAGCUGUCAUCCUUCUCUGUGUGAUUGUUUUAUUGGCAUCUCGUGGGUUCUGAAGAACACUAUGAUCCUUGUAUUGGCAGUCACGGAGGACCAGAUCGAAAUUAUUCACCAUUUACCUUCUUAUUUCGGAGAUUCCUUGAACCCCCGCAAUGCCUCAUGGGUUAAGGUUCUCUUAAAUAAUUUCUACUUUCUAGACGACCACCUUAAUAGUUUCACCAUUUACCCUUCAACCUGCUCUAGCUUAGCUUCUUUUCGGGUUGGAGCAGUGUCCGCUGUCCACUUCCACUUGUACUACUGGAUAACGCCUUGCUUGAAGUACCCUCUCUUUAAAGGCGCUUGGCUAGCUGAGGGCCAACCGGACCUGGACCAACUGCCUUCACUUCAGAUACCUUUUUGUGUUUGAGAUUGGAAGUGCAUGUAUGGCUGCUAAGAUCCUACCUCACCUUAAUUGGGCUUCUGAAAUUCCAUCUGCUUAAAAGGAAGUCACGCUGCCCAACUUUCUGGCACAGCUUAUUUACUCUCACAUCCUUCUAUAGAAGAAGAAAGGCAACGGGUAUACUAGACGCCCACAAUGUAAAUGUAGCAGCAUCAGGAGAGCAGCAAGCAGUGCUUGCUCAUGGUUUUGGGACUGAUCAGUUUAUAUGGAAGUGCUUGGUGUCCCAUCUGCUUCACGACCAUCGUGUUGUCCUCUUCGAUAACGUGGGAGCAGGUGCGACAAACCCCGAUUAUUAUGAUUUUGAACACUGCUCCACCGUCGAGGGUCAUGCAUUUGACCUCUGGGCAAUCUUAGAGAGAGAGAGAUCCAGGAGUGGGCAUAUCUGGAGAUCUAAAUGCGUGCCUGUCCUCUUUCUGCUGCAGAAGUACCAUCGUUGGUUGCAUUUGCUGUGUCAGGUUGCAUGUUUACUUAGGUUUGAACAGUUGUGGAAAUGGCUGAGGUUACUUGCCCUUGUUAACUUCUAAAUCUAACGUUUUGAGGUUAAUGAAAGAUUUUACCAAUUAUAA